CGGAAGAGGAAGCCGCGCGGGGCGUUGGCGUCGCCUCUCCCGGGCUGCUUCUCCUCCUCCUCCUCCUCCUUCCCCGCGGCCUCCGAGGAGCCUCUUUCUCCGCCUUGGGUCCCGGGCGCCCGGGCAGCCGGAGAGGCCGCCAUGCCGGCGCUGCUGGAGAGGCCGAAGCUGAGCUCGGCCAUGGCCCGCGCCUUGCACCGGCACGUCAUGGUGGAGAGAGAGAGGAAGCGGCAGGGUGAGAGAGAGAGAGAGAGAGAGACGGGGGAGGGGGGCAUUUGCAUGCAUUUGCAUGUACUUACAUUUGUAGUAGCAUUUGCAUGCAGUUGCAUUUACUUACAUUUGUAGUAGCAUUUGCAUGCAUUUGCAUUUACUUACAUUUGUAGUAGCAUUUGCAUGUAUUCGCAUUUGCAUUUGUAGUUUCAUUUGCAUGCAUUUGCAUGUAUUCGUAUUUGCAUUUGUAGUUUCAUUUGCAUGCAUUUGCAUGUAUUCGCAUUUGCAUUUGUAGUUGCAUUUGCAUUUGAGUUUGAGUUUGUAUCCCGCCUGCAAGGUGCUCCAGGCGGCGCGCAAUCUCCGCAACCCCAACCCUGCCAGGUAGGCUAGGCUGGGAGGAGGCAGCGGCCGACCCCCGGUGACCUGCUGGGGGGAAAUCCCAGGAUUGUAGAGUUGGAGGGGACCCCAGAGGUCAUCCAGCCCAACCCCCUGCAAUGUGGGAAUCCCAGCUGACACUUCCAAGACCUUCCACCCUCUGCUUAAAAACCUCCAAGGAAGAAGAGUCCAGCAUCAUCCCAGAGAGAUCCUUCCCCUGUCAAACGGCUCUUACGGUCAGAAAACUCUUCCUGAAGCCUAGUCCCAAUCUCCUUCCUUGCAACUUUAAUCUAUCCAACCCUCCAGAGCAGGAGAAAAUAAGAUUGCUCCAUCUUCCAUGCGACGGCCCUUCAGAGAUUUGAAGGUGGCUGUCAGAUCUCCUCCCAGUUCCCUCUUUUCCAGGCUCAACAUACCCAAUUCCUUCAACCGUUCCUCAUAAGGCUUGUUUUCCAGACCUUUGACCAUCUUGGUCACCCUCCUCUGCACAUGUUCCAGCUUGCCAGUAUCCUCCUUAAAUUGUGGUACCCAGAACUGGAUACCGUCUUCCAGGUGUGGUCUGACCAAGGCAGAAUAGAGCGGGACUGUUCCUUCCCUUGGGAUGCGGGUGGUACUGUGGGUUAAACCACAGAGCCUAGGGCUUGCCGAUCGUAAGGUCGUCAGUUCGAAUCCCUGCGACGGGGUGAGCUUCCAUUGCUCGGUCCCUGCUCCUGCCAACCUAGCAGUUCGAAAGCACAUCAAAGUGCAAGUAGAUAAAUAGGUACCGCUCCGGCGGGAAGGUAAACGGCGUUUCCGUGCGCUGCUCUGGUUCGCCAGAAGCGGCUUAGUCCUGCUGGCCACAUGACCCGGAAGCUGGACGCCGGCUCCCUCGGCCAAUAAAGCGAGAUGAGCGCCGCAACCCCAGAGUCAGCCACGACUGGACCUAAUGGUCAGGGGUCCUUUUACCUUAUUCCUUCCCUUGAUCUGGACACUAGACUUCCAUUGAUGCAGCCUAGAAUAGCAUUGGCCUUUUUUGCUGCUGCAUCACAUUGUGGGCUCAUGUUAAGCUUGUGGUCCACCAAGAUCCCUAGAUCCUUUUCACAAGGAUUACUGGCAAGCCAGGUGUCCGCCAUUUUAUAUUUGUGCAACUGGUUCUUCCUGCCUAAGUAGUGCAGAACCUGAAGAAGUCUUGAACUGAAUUGAGGCUCCAUGGAAGUUGCAUUUCAGGAAGCUUUUAAUGUUUAAUAGAUUAUUAUGUUUUAAUAUUCUGUUGGAAGCAGCCCAGAGUGGCUGGGGAAACCCAGCCAGAUGGGCAGGGUAUAAAUUAUUAUUAUUAUUAUUAUUAUUAUUAUUAUGCCUUUCCCCCUUGUCCUGCAGAGGAGGAAGAAGUCGACAAGAUGAUGGAGCAGAAGAUGAAGGAGGAACAGGAGAGGCGUCGGAAGAAGGAGAUGGAAGAGCGGAUGUCCCUGGAGGAGACGAAGGAGCAGGUCUGUGGGGCGGCCCUGUGUUUUGGGAGGCCUCCAGUGUGAGAGAGCCAGUGUGGUGUAGUGGUUGAGAGCAGUAGACUCGUAAUCUGGUGAACCGGGUUCGAUUCCCCGCUCCUCCACAUGCAGCUGCUGGGUGACCUUGGGCCAGUCACACUUCUCCGAAGUCUCUCAGCCCCACUCACCUCACAGAGUGUUUGUUGUGGGACAGGAAGGGAAAGGAGAAUGUUAGCCGCUUUGAGACUCCUGAAGGGGAGUGAAAGGCGGGAUAUCAAAUCCAAACUCUUCUUCUCCGUCCCUGGAGACAUCCCAGCUCACCUCCGACCCCUUUUCCACCCGCAGAUCAUGAAGCUGGAAGAGAAACUGCUCGCCCUACAGGAGGAGAAGCACCAGCUUUUCCUUCAGCUGAAAAAAGUGCUUCACGAGGAGGAGAAACGACGGCGCAAGGAGCAAAGGUUGGUGGGAUAACAAGCGUCUAGCGAUGCACGCUGGGCCAUGUUUGUGGGUUCUGAACUGGCUGUGACUGAGCAGGAGCCACGUGGAGAUGUUGAGCCAGUGUUUGGCCGCUGUGAAAAAGGCAAAUUCCGUGCUUAGGAGUUAUUAGGCAAGGAAUUGAAAAUAAAACUGCCCGUAGCUGUGGUGUGGGCAUGCUUGCAAUGCUGGUCUCCACAUAAGGCUGGGCGAUGUUAUGUUGCUUUGGCUGUAUACAGUGGUACCUCGGGUUACAUACGCUUCAGGUUACAGACGCUUCAGGUUACAGACUCUGCUAACCCAGAAAUAGUGCUUCAGGUUAAGAGCUUUGCUUCAGGAUGAGAACAGAAAUCGGGCUCCGGCGGCGCGGCAGCAACAGGCGGCCCCCAUUAGCUAAAGUGGUGCUUCAGGUUAAGCACCGUUUCAGGUUAAGAACGGACCUCCGGAAUGAAUUAAGUACUUAACCCGAGGUACCACUGUAUUUGAUUUUCUUCAGAUUGUUUUAUUUAUGUUUUAUUGAUUCAAUAUGCUGUAAACCAGGGGUCAGCAACCUGUGGUCCAUGGGCCAUAAGCCGUCCAUGGGGGUUGUUUAAACGGCCCACUAGCCACUGCUGAACCAAGCCGCUUGCUCAGCGAGUCACUGCACACUGCGCUAAACCAGCACAGCGCAGAGCGGGGACUCAGUUGACACGAUCCAGCCCAUGGAGCGAUCUCCGCGGGAGUGAGCUCACCCAGGCGAGGUAAUCCUUGCCGACCCCUGCUGUAAACCGCUUUGAGCUUUUUCUUAAAAAUAUAAAGUGAUAUAGAAAUUAAAAGAAUAAAAUAAUUACGUUCAUGUACCGUCCAAAACCGGUUUGAAGUCCAUAUCAUGAUACAAUCGUACCUCAGAAUUUGAACGCCUUGUGACUCAAACGUUUUGGUUCCUGAACGCCGCAAACCCGGAAGUGAGUGUUCCGGUUUGCAAACGUUCUUUGGAACCCGAACGUCCGACGCGGGUUCUGCAACUUCUGAUUGGCUGCAGGAGCUUCCUGCAGCCAAUCGGAAGCCACGCCUUGGUUUCUGAACGUUUUGGAAGUCAGAACGGACUUCAGGAACGGAUUCCAUUCGACUUCUGAGGUACGACUGUAUCAGCUUCGUAAUUUUUGACCUGGCAAUAUUUUGUGAAUUGUGUUGUGUGUGUGCGGUACGCAAAAAUCACAAUGUGUGGGAAACCUUGAAGGCAGCCAACGACUGCCUUGUGCAAAAGGGGCAGCGAAUGGCAAGAGCAGGCGCCGGCAAAGAUCAAGUUUCUUUCUGAGUUGGGUUUCUUCACCGCCAUUAUUGCAGGCGAUUUAUUGACCUCCUUCCUCCUGUCCACAGCGACAUGACGACGCUGACGGCAGCCGCUUACCAGCAAGGAAUGGCCGUCCAUGCAGGGGCUCACAUCCUCAACAUGCAAGGUGCGUUUCUUUUUGGCCACGUCGGCGGCGCAUUGAAAGGAUUCGCGUAGAGUUCGGCCACGGAUCAGGCAGGUGUGCUUUCCUCACCUGAAGUCACCUUGUGCUGAAUCGGGCCGCCAGUCUCUACCUGCGGUCCAGUUUUAGCGAGAGAUGUCGGGAAUCGAACCCAGGACAUUCCAUGUAUAAAGCCUCUGAGGUGCCUCCCUUGUUAGGAUUGCAGGUAUGGGAGAGGGGAGAGCGGAGGAAAGCGAAGACUUUUUUUUAAAAAAUAAUUUUUAUUAAGUUUUCCAUUUUAACAAUCCAAUCAGAUCACAUUACACUUUCCAAAUUAUACAAAUACAUCUCAUAUAGUCCAAAUAUUCUGCCAAAUUAUAAGUUUUUGUUGGGGCUUCCCAUGCUUCAAGUUCAGUGGGGUUCCAAUCAUCUUAUGUUUCUACUACCUUGAGUUUCCAAUAGUUCCUUCUUUAAAUCUUCCUGUUGUUAUCCUUCCUUCCUUCAUGGCCUCUGCGUUGUUUGCACAGGCGAGCUGGAGUAAACAAUAAUGGGCUUCUGUGUGAAGUUUGUAUGACUCUCCUUUUUUUUUUUUGCAGCUGAUAAGUCUGUCGUUCGCAAUAUGUCCUCACACGCUGGUGUUUAUGCCAAAUCAAUCCAAAAGUCCUUCUCUGGUGGCAGACGCCAUCUUCACUCAGUUCCGAUGAAAUAAAAUCUAGGCGUUUGCUCAUUCAUUUUCUCAGACAGGUUGCAUCAAACAUUAGUCUUUCAGGGGAGAUUUGCCAAUUUGGGCUUGAAGCACAGAUAUGAUAACAAAUUAAGAACUCGCCUCCCCCAUGACUGUUUAUCUCUGUCCCAUAAUGGCGGAUCCCAAUUAAAUAGUGCGUCACAUCACCCUUCCGGAGAGUCUUUUAUUGGAGGAAAGAGAAGACUUGACCCUCCACCCCUUUGGGAAGGAGUUUUCUCACCCUCUGGAUGGCUUGGAGGGGUUGAUGUCAAUGGGAUUUCUUCCCUUUCUCCACAGGGAGCCCCGGAGGCCAUAACCGGGCUGGCACCUUGAUAUCCGCCGAUAGAGCCAAGCAGAUGUUUGGACCUCCAGUGAUCACAGUGAGUGCCUCCCGCCCCCCAGUUGUUCCAGGAAAGACCAGAUCUCUUUGUUCAACACUGAAGUCAUAGUAUUCCUCAAAGAAUUUAUUACCGUAUUUUUUGCUCUAUAAGACACACUUUUUCCCUCCUAAAAAAGCAAGGGAAAAUGUGUGUGCAUCUUAUGGAGCGAUUGCAGGCUGCGCAGCUAUCCCAGAAGCCAGAACAGCAAGAGGGAUCUCUGCUUUCGCUGCGUAGCGAUCCCUCUUGCUGUUCUGGCUUCUGGGAUUCAGAAUAUUUUUUUCUUGUUUUCCUCCUCCAAAAACUAGGUGCGUCUUAUGGUGCGAAAAAUACGGUAAUUUAUUUGGCAAUAGGGGCACGUUGCUUAAUCAGCAGAAACCUCCUAAGCAGUUUGCAAAAUGCAAUGUGAAAUAUUUGUUUGAAAAACUGGUAAUAUAAAACAGGCAUGUCCAACUCCCAAGAGCAGGGGGUCAGCAAACUUUUUCAGCAGGGGGCCGGUCCACUGUCCCUCAGACCUUGUGGAGGGGCAGACUAUAUAUUUUGGGGGGGGGGGGAGAACGAAUUCCUAUGCCUCACAAAUAACCCAGAGAUGCAUUUUAAAUAAAAGGACACAUUCUACUCAUGUAAAAACACGCUGGUUCCCGGACCAUCCACAGGCCGGAUUGAGAAGGCGAUUGGGCCGGAUCUGGCCCCCGGGCCUUAGUUUGCCUACUCAUGACCAAGAGACUGUGAUCUACUCCCACUAUAUAAAAAAGCUGGCAGUGAUCUACCCAUUGGAUUGACCAUUGUGGAGCUUUUUUUUGGGAGGUGAUCAACCAGGAUCACACGAUCGACCAGGAAAGCCCCGCAAUUGACUAGUUGCACAUGCCUGAUAUAUGAAGCCAAAUUGAUGUAAGAUUUAUCAGAGCAGAAGUAAAAGCCAUGUAUCUAAAACAAAUGAUACGUAAUAAAAAUCGCACGUUAAAAUGCCACGUCAAGGCAGGCCUGCCUAAGCGAGCGAGAACCGUGCCAGGGGCUGAACACAGUUUUCUUUUCCCCCUAGGAAGUGGUUAUAUUUUGCUUUUCAUGAGCAGAAUCAAACGUUCUCCUCCAAAUGUUCCCUCACAAGAUGGUGGACGGUGGCAGCGCUGCCUUUUCUAUUGUCGCGGUGGUUGUUAUUUAAAUUUAUAUCCUGCCCUCGAUCCCAAGGACCACAGGCCCGUUUGCAGUAUAAAACCACAUAACAUGAUAAACUAGGGUUGCCGUGUUUCAAAAAGUGAAAAUCCGGACACAAAAGCUGUUGAGCUUGGGAGGAAGUUGUUGUUUUUGGCAAAACCUCAACAAAAAUUGUCGUUUUGGAGCUAUUUUUAAGGGAAAUUGGCACAAACAACACUGCCGACCAGGGUUGCCAUGCGUCUGGAUUUCUCCAGAUAUUUUUCCGAUUUCCUCCCGGAUGCUUCCGACUGCAGUAUUCUGCAUAUGGCCCCCCCUAGAUACACAAGACAAAACGGGUAGUUCUUCCCUCACAAAAUGGCUCCCCUUUCAAAAUGGCGGGUGGCGGCAGCCCUGCCUUGGCUAUUGCUGCUGUUAUGAUAGUGACUUAUUAAACUGAUAUACCGCCCUUCCUUCCGAGCGCCACAGGCCCGUUUACGGCAGGGAAACACAAAAGUACGUCGCGUGGCAAAUAAGACAAAGCGGUUAGUUGUGAGGCAGAUUUGGUGCACCUCGCGGUAACCCUAAGGGACGUCUCUGUGCUUGCUUUGUCUCCCCAGUCUCGCCACUUUGCCACGCAGCCGACUUUCCCCGCCAGCACGGCAGAGCACGGUCAGUACCAAGGCGGGCAGUCUGGGCACAGCCCUUAUGCCGUGGGGCAGAGCCAGCACACGGUGCCCGUCAGCUACGCCAGCAGCCAGUCGAUCCGAGGUGAGGAUGGAGCCCGUGGGCGAUCGGGUGCCACGCUGCAUCCCUUUCCCUCCGUGGCAUGGGAGGCGGGGGCAGAGCAGGCCGGGCUUUCACCCCCCUCUCCUUUCCCUUCCAGGGCCUUCUGCUUUCCCCACCAUGCAGUACUUGCCGCAACAGCAGCCCGGCUACACAAUCCACAGCCACUUCCCCACGGCUCAGCCUGGUAAGUCUGCAGAAUGGCUGGCAAAUCUUAAUAAUAAGUCUGCAGUUGUUUAGUCAUGUCCGACUCUUCGUGACCCCAUGGACCAGAGCAUGCCGGGGGUUGGUAAAUCCUAUUAUUAUUAUUAUUAUUAUUAUUAUUAUUUAUACGCCACCCAUCUGGCUGGUUUUCCCCAGCCACUCUGGGCAGAUUCCAACAAAAUAUUAAAAUACGAUAAUUCAUCAAACAUUAAAAGCUUCCCUAAACAGGGCUGCCUUCAGAUGUCUUCCAAAAGUCAGGUAAUUGUUUAUUUCCUUGACAUCCGACUGGAGGGCGUUCCACAGGGCAGGUGCCACCACCGAGAAGGCCCUCUGCCUGGUUCCCUGUAACUUCACUUCUCGCAGGGAGGGAACCACCAGAAGGCCCUCGGAGCUGGACCUCAGUGUCUGGGCAGAACGAUGGAGGUGGAGACGCUCCUUCAGGUCUACUGGGCCUUUGAGGCCGUUUAGGGCUUUCAAGGUCAGCACCAACACUUUGAAUUGUGCUUGGAAACGUCCUGGGAGCCAAUGUAGGCCUUUCAAGACCGGUGUUAUGUGGUCUCGGCUGCCACUCCCAGUCCCCAGUCUAGCUGCCGCAUUCUGGAUUAGUUGUAGUUUCCAAGUCACCUUCAAAGGUAGCCCCACGUAGAGCACAUGGCAGAAGUCCAAGCAGGAGAUAACCAGAGCAUGCACCACUGUGAUGAGACAGUCUGUGGGCAGGGAGGGUCUCAUCCUGCGUACCAGAUGGAGCUGGCAGACAGCUGCCCUGGACACAGAGUUGACCUGCGCCUCCAUGGACAUGAGAUGGCAGGGGAGCUGCGCUGGGAGAUGUCCGAAAAGGAAAGAGAAAAUGAACGAGCCCUACACUUCUUCCCAGGCCCUGUUUCUUUCCUUGCAAGGCUCACGCUUAGCUCUUUCAACCUUCCCUUUCCAGGUUUCAUUCCUCCCAGCACGGCCAUCCCUCUGCAGAAACAACUGGAGCACGCAAACCAGCAGUCGGGAUUUACCGAUUCGGUGAGUUCACACCCAGAGCAUCGCUCUCUGAAAAUGUCCGUGCUCUUUUGUAGAGUUGGAAAGGGACCCCGGGGGUCACCAGCCCCCUGGAAUGCAGGAAUCUUCUGGCCCCAACGUGGGACUCGAACUCGUGGCCACGAGAUGAAGAACCCUAUGCUCUUACCGACUGGGCUAUCCCACAGAGGUCUUAAGAGAUGGCUAACAAUAUUUUUAAAAACCAAACGGCAGUGGUACGUCAUCAGGGAAGCAGCCGCAAACCUAAGUAGUCAGUAUGGGACUCGGGUGGCGCUGUGGGUUAAACCACAGAGCCUAGGACUUGCCGAUCAGAAGGUCGGCGGUUCGAAUCCCCGCGACGGGGUGAGCUCCCGUUGCUCGGUCCCUGCUCCUGCCAACCUAGCAGUUCGAAAGCACGUCAAAGUGCAAGUAGAUAAAUAGGUACCGCUCCGGCGGGAAGGUAAACGGCGUUUCCGUGCGCUGCUCUGGUUCGCCAGAAGCGGCUUAGUCAUGCUGGCCACAUGACCCAGAAGCUGUACACCGGCUCCCUCGGCCAAUAAAGCGAGAUGAGCGCCGCAACCCCAGAGUCGGCCACGACUGGACCUAACGGUCCGGGGUCCCUUUCCCUUUACUAGAACACAAGUGUCCAGGCAGAACGAUGGAGGUGGAGACGCUCCUUCAGGUAUACAGGACCACUCUGAAAUACCUCUCUGAGGAGGAUACGGGUCUCCAAUAAAAAAAUUAAGACCCUCAUCUCCCAGAAUCCUUUGGGGGAAAGCCAUGACUGUAUAAAAAUGGCGUCGCAGCGGUGCGAAUGCAGCCGUUCUUGACUGUUUCUAACUGCACAGAGGGGUAAAUUUUAAAUUCGGACAGGAGCCUGGGAAGAACGUUUGCUUGCCGGGACUCGGCCGUGAAAUAACCAGCGCAUGUGCAGAGUGCAUUCCCUCUCACCUUGGGAGGUGGUCUAAUUCCUCUGCUCUCUCUUGUCCUUUCCUCUCCAGUCGACCCUACGCCCGAUGCACCCCCAAGCCUUGCACCCGAACCAGGGCCUCUUACAAGCUCCCCAAAUCCCUGUCCAGAUGCAGACAGCUGCCAAGGUAAGCUCAGAACCUGAAGGCGCCUUGCCCCUCUUCCUGCUUCUACUCCCCCUCUUCCCAGUGAUUCUCAGUUACGCGGUUUUCCGUGCCCAUAAUGUGUUGUCAUGGUUCCUCUUGUUUUCGGCCUGUUGUGAAUUUUGCCUUCCUUUUCCUCGUCCCAGGUGGGUGCCUCUCCCACCGCCGUCGCGACACCCAGCCCCUUUCUCUCCUGCUCGCUGAUUUUGCCCCCCCCACCCGCUUUCUCUCCCUUAUAGCCCAGUUUGGCGUACACCCACCCGGCUCGCCCAGCCUCCCCUGGCAGCUUCUCCCACGGAACCACCCCACAGCAACCCCACACAGUAAGUAUCUCGCUGGCUGGGUGCGGGGAGCAGCGCUCAAUCCCAAGCCUUGUCGUACCACAGCAGUACCUCUGGGGGUUUUUUCAAAAAAAAUAUUAUUGGUUUUCACAGUUUUAUAAACAAGCAAAUACACAAGACAAACAAACAUAAAUCAUAACCUUAUUGAAAAUUACACUUCCUCGCUUCUCCUUGGUUGAAUUUCAUUGCAUGUCCUAUUAACGGUUUUCCAAAUCACAAUUUUUAUGAAACUUAACUUAAACAUUAACAUCCUUAAAUAUUCACAUUAUGGAAUUAAACAUAUUAAUUCAUCACGUAACAUAAAUAAAAUCCUAAGCCAAUUAAGUAACUGCAAGCUGUUUUCAGUUAAUUUAACUUAACAUAUUUAACUAAAUAAUCAUUAAAUUUAAUCCACUCUUCCCGAUACUCCUCCUCCGUCUGGUCGCGGACUCUUCUGGUUAGGUCGGAUAGCAGUAUCUCUGAGCGCAUGCAGAGGGUCUCUCCUCCCUAGUGAGCCUCUGGCCUCUGUACAGUCUGAGGUUGGGGUCAUUCUGCAGAUGGGGAGCCCCCAUUGAGAAGGCCAAUCCCCAGCAGAACCACCGCCAACCAGACUUCCGUGUCGGAUGCCGCCAACUUAGGCGCAUCAGUUUAUGCGGGGCUACUAGAAUACAAGGGGGCACGGGUGGCGCUGUGGGUUAAACCACAGAGCCUAGGGCUUGCUGAUCAGAAGGUCGGUGGUUUGAAUCCCUGCGACGGGGUGAACUCCCGUUGCUCGGUCCCUGCUCCUGCCAACCUAGCAGUUCGAAAGCACGUCAAAGUGCAAGUAGAUAAAUAGGUACCGCUCUGGCAGGAAGGUAAAUGGCGUUUCCGUGCGCUGCUCUGGUUCACCAGAAGCGGCAUAGUCAUGCUGGCCACAUGACCCGGAAGCUGUACACCGGCUCCCUCGGCCAAUAAAGCGAGAUGAGCGCCGCAACCCCAGAGUCGGCCACGACUGGACCUAAUGGUCAGGGGUCCCUUUACCUUUACUAGAAUACAACACUGCAUUUGUUUUACAGUGGUGCCUUGGUUCUCAACUUAAUCCGUUCCAGAAGUCCGUUCCAAAACCAAAGCGUUCCAAAACCAAGGCGCGCUUUCCCAUAGAAAGGAAUGCAAAACGGAUUAAUCCGUUCCUGACUUUGGAAAACAACCCCUAAGACAGCCAUUUAACAUGAAUUUUGUUAUCUAACGAGACCAUGGAUCCAUAAAAUGAAAGCAAUAAUCAAUAUGCUGUACUAUAAAUAAGACAGUAUUAAUUACUUUUUUUUCUUACCUGCGCUGAUGAUAGUCAUUGUUUGGAUGGGGGGCUUUUAUCCAUUUCCGCAGUCACACAAUCGAUCAAUCGAACUGGCUUCCACACAGUCACGAAAACAAAUUAAACCAAAAAGCCUCAAAAACGCAAAAUAGCAAAAACGAAAUGUUCAAAAAGCAAGGGACAGCUUCUGAUUGGUGCAGGUGCCCCGGAAACAAUAGCCAACAGCCGCAUCGGCUGUUCAGCUUCCGAAAAAUGUUCGAAAACCAGAACACUUCCAGGUUUUUGGAGUUUGAGAACCAAGGUACCAUUGUAUUUUAUUUUUUUUAAAUACAACUGUAUUUCUGACUUUUCCUGGGGGAAAAGAGUUCAGACAAUCCGUUCGCGAUUUCAGGAUUUUUACUCUACCUUUCUAUUAAAAAGAUAAACCGAUCAGACAAACAUACCAGCAUGAAACUACCGGUAGGAUUCUUGAGCCUAGUUUCGGUAUGAAAAACAGCAGCAGAGGUUAAACAAACCGAAGCACAACAUCGCCAAAGGUGUGGGCAGUGUGGAAGGCCUGGCUGGCUUCAUUUUAUUAAAAAUAAUCUGCGGCCCUUAACAGGAGGGCAACCUUGUCGUGCUCCGUGUUUGGUACGGUCUGAACCCUUUGCUGCUUUGAACCGUUUCCGCGUAGACUGGAAGGUGGGUUGGGGAGGGACAGAGAGAAACGGAGAGGUUUAUAGUGCUGGCUGCUUGGCAAAGUUCCAGGGGAAGGGAGUUCCACAGGCCGGCACCAAGAAUUCCUCCCUGCUAUGCCCUUGGCCUGCUUGAUUUAGCACACAGAUGAUAAACUCAUGAAGGCACACUCGAUGAGGCUGGGAGGAGGUGAUCUUUUGGCCAGGGCAGGAGCACUGUGUCGUGCGCAAGAGGAAUCAAAGAGGAGACACUCUGACUGCCCACAGCCUGACCGGCACCCCACGGGCCCUCCAGACACAUUAAUAAUAAUAAUAAUAAUAAUAAUAAUAAUAAUAAUAAUAAUAAUAAAUUUAUACCCCACCCAUCUAGCUGGGUUUACCCAGCCACUCUGGGCAGAUUCCAACAAAAUAUUAAAAUACAAUAAUUCAUCAAAUAUUAAAAGCUUCCCUAAACAGGGCUGCAUUCAGAUGUCUUCCAAAAGUCAGGUAGUUGCUUAUUUCCUUGACAUCUGGUGGGAGGGCGUUCCACAGGGCGGGCGCCACCACCGAGAAGGCCCUCUGCCUGGUUCCCUAUAACCUCACUUCUCACAAUGAGGGAACCGCCAGAAGGCCCUCGGAGCUGCUGGACCUCAGUGUCCAGGCAGAACGAUGGUGGUGGAGACGCUCCUUCAGGUCUACUGGGCCUUUGAGGCCGUUUAGGGCUUUCAAGGUCAGCACCAACACUUUGAAUUGUGCUCGGAAACGUACUGGGAGUUUCCAUCCAGCAGCCUGAAAACCGAAGGCGGUAACCCCCCAUCUUGCUGCGCACUCAAUGGGUGUGAUGUCAACCACGCACGGUUGAAGGCAGGCCGGUUGGAAAAGUGCAAGUUGAGUCCCAAGUGAGGUGGAGAGCCGGGAUUACGCUGGCACAAAGAGCGUUUUAUCUCCCUGCCUUCCAGCUCAGUUUACAAGCUGUCUCUCGCUCUCCCUCUCACCCAUUAGGCAAUUCUAAGGGUUGGACCCUCCACGAUUUCCACUUAGCGCUAGGAACCGAACCCCUGCAUUAAGAUGAGAGAUUGCUGUACAACCUUCCGGUUGUGACCGUUAAUUCAUAUACAGUGGUACCUUGGUUCUCAAACUUAAUCCGUUCCGGAAGUCUGUUCCAAAACCAAGGGGCGCUUUCCCAUAGAAAGUAAUGCAAAACGGAUUAAUCUGUUCCAGACUUUUAAAAACAACCCCUAAAAUAGCAAUUUAACAUGAAUUUUACUAUCUAAUGUGGCCUUUGAUCUGUAAGAUGAAAGCAAUAAACAAUGUAAGGGUAAAGGGACCCCUGACCAUUAGGUCCAGUCGUGGCCGACUCUGGGGUUGCGGCGCUCAUCUCGCUUUAUCGGCCAGGGGAGCCAGUGUCCAGCUUCCGGGUCAUGUGGCCAGCAGGACUAAGCCGCUUCUGGCGAACCAGAGCAGCGCAUGGAAACGCCGUUUACCUUCCCACCGGAGUGGUACCUAUUUAUCUACUUGCACUUUGACGUGCUUUCGAACUGCUAGGUUGGCAGGAGCAGGGGACUGAGCAACGGGAGCUCACCCUGUUGCGGGGAUUUGAACCACUGACCUUCCAAUUGGCAAGCCCUAGGCUCUGUGGUUUAACCCACAGCGCCACCCGCGUCCCUAAUAAACAAUGUACUGUACUAUAAAAUAACAGUAUUGUAAUGAUAAUUUUUUUAAAAAAAUUCUUACCUGCUGAUAGUCAUUGUUUGGAUGGGGGGGCUUUUAUCUAUUUCCACAGUCACGCAAUCAAUCAAUCAAUCAGUAGACUGGGUUUCACACAGUCACAAAAACAAAUUAACCGAAAAGCCCCCAAAACAGAAACGCAAAACAAAUAGCAAAAACAAAAGCGCCAAACUUAAUCCGUUCUGGAAGUCCAUCUGACUUCCGAAAUGUUCAAAAACCAAGGGGCAGCUUCUGAUUGGUGCAGGCGCCCCGGAAACGAAUAGCUGACAGCCGCAUCGGACGUUCAGCUUCCCAAAAACAUUCGAAAACCGGAACGCUUCCUUCUGGGUUUUCGGUGUUUGGGAAUCAAGGCGUUUUGAGAACCAAGGUACCGCUGUACACUGAAAACUUCUUUCCUUUAACAUCUCUUUCUCUCCCCUCUUGCAGUCUGGUUUCCAGGCCUCUCCGCAGCCGGCACCUCGCCACCCGUUCAUCCAGCACCCGCAACAGGGCCAGCGCUUCUACCACAAGUGAGGGCCCCGCCCUGCUCUCUUGUUGCUUCGACAUCCCCCCCUCAGCCCAAGUCCCAGCGCAAAGGAAGAAAAUAUACGUGGGAUGACCAUGUGUGUGGCUUUAUUCUCCCCUUCUCUCUUCGCUGUAAUUUGUGAAAACAGAGAUUGCACUCUAAAUAAAACUUUGUAUAAUUCG